CGUUUGGGCGAAAAGUACCACAGCUUUAUCCAAUUUCUGUAUAUUUGGAUUGUUUUGGGUAUCUGGACACGAACCGAACCAAAGCAACAAGUUUACACUGUCCCGUCUUUAUUUGGAUUGGACGUUAUUCUGGGACGCUAUCGUACACUUCCGGUCUUUCCGUUCGUCCUUCAAUGCGCUUGAAGCUUUUCACGUCAAACUCAACCAGUAUUAAAGAUCGCUAGAAGGGGUCUCACUCUGCUGGUGGCUCUCCCGUUGUCCGGCAUGGCGGUUCAGGUGUCCGAGUCAGACCAGGUCAAACAGUUCAAAGAGUUCCUCGGGACGUACAACAAGUUGACAGAAAACUGCUUCAUGGACUGCGUGAAGGAUCUGACCAGCCGGGAGGUCCGGCCCGAAGAGGCGAGCUGCUCCGAGUCGUGUCUCCAGAAGUACCUGAAGAUGACACAGCGGAUCUCCAUGCGCUUCCAGGAGUACCACAUCCAGCAGAACGAGGCGCUGGCGGCCAAAGCGGGGGUGCUGGCCCAGCCCAGAUGAAGCGGACGCCGGCCGCUUUGGUUUUGGAACGUGUGAAAAUAAAAGUGGGACGUCAUCUAUGCGCGCUCGCAUGUCCAUGACGCACCUGCACGCCCGCGCA